AGGCACUUCACCCAGUAAAGGCCGUGUUGUGGUUCCCGAUUCCGUUCCAGGAAAAAGAGCAGGCACUUCACCCAGUAAAGGCCGUGUUGUGGUUCCCGUCCUGCUCCAGGUAUUUGAGAUUUCAGACUCAGGAGAUGUGACACAUCAAGAAUCUACUGACUCGCCAUACAGGAAAGACACUCGGGACGAUUGCAAGGAUGAUGAAUAUGAUCAUGAGUCAAAAGAAGGCCCUCAACAACAUUACACGAAUGUGCUACCAGGCGAAGUCGAGGCGCACGCUGAACAAGGUAGCGAUGGAAAUUAUCAUGCAAAUCUACAACUAGUAGUGUUGCCAAGAGAGAAGACGACCAACACGUCGACGGCAUUGCCGGAAAGCGCCCAGUAUACACCUAGACCACCUACUUACACUAACAUGGACCUCCUCGAGUCCCGCAAACGAGAGAGCCCUCUUGUAUGGGCUGAUUGUAGCGCAUCUGAGAGUAGACCUGCAGCAGCGUCAUUGACAGAAGUUCCUUCAUCUUCAC